AUGUCUUCUAAGGCAGUUUUCGAAGAGUCUGCGAAGUCAAUUAUUUACCGGUCUAUAUGUUACCCAAAAUUAUCGAAAAAUCCACUGAGGGUUUUAAAGGCGUCCGAUGAUAUCCAUUCAAUCAAUGAUGAGUGGAUAUUAAGCAACGAUCUUGUCAGUAAACCGGAUGUUCUUAUCAAACGGAGAGGAAAACUCGGCUUAGUAUUUGCUGGAUUGAAGUGGAAAGAUUUGCAGACGAAGCUGACCAGUGUUGUUGGAAAUCAACUCAAUGUUGGUUCUACUUCUGGAAUUCUUGAUCGCUUCAUUAUUGAACCGUUUGUACCUCAUGAACAGUCUGAGGAGUAUUACCUGUGUAUAUACACCCAGAGAGAUAGCAAUGUUAUUCUCUUUCAUCAUGAAGGUGGUAUGGAUGUUGGUGAGGUAGAUUCCAAGGCUAAACGUUUUGAAGUAUCAGUUAAAAAUAUAAUGAAAUCUGAUGAAACAAUUAAAGCUGGUUGUUCAGUGAAUGAGAUACUAAAGAGUUCACUACUUUCAGAAGUGAAAUGUCCUAAACGUACAAGAAUGUUAGCAGAAUUUAUUGUUGAAUUACACUCAAUGUUUGACAAAUUACAUUUCACUUAUCUGGAAAUCAAUCCACUGGUUAUAUGUAAAUGGCAUAUAAUGAAGAUGAAUGAAGAUAAUAGUCAUCAGAUAGAUGACAAUGAUCAUUUAUACAUUCAUAUAUUAGAUGUGGCAGCAAAAUUAGAUCAAUGUGCUGAACACUUAUUCAUCUCCACUUCUGAUUGGUUAGUCAAUGGAAGAAUGUUAGAGUUUCCAUCUGGUUUUGGUAAAACUGAAAGUAAAGAGGAAGCCUAUAUUGCCAAAUUAGAUGCUCGUACAGGUGCUUCAUUAAAACUAUCUGUUCUCAAUCCACAUGGUCGUAUCUGGACAAUGAGUGCAGGUGGUGGUGCCUCAGUGAUCUAUGCUGAUACUGUAUGUGAAUUAGCGGAAAGAGUUAAAGCAGCUGGCGGUACUAGUCAAGGUGCACAUGAUUUAGCCAAUUAUGGAGAAUAUUCUGGUGCACCAUCUGAAGAAUUGACAUAUGAGUAUUCUAAAACACUUUUAUCCUUAAUGACUAGUGGUGAUCCUUAUCCAGAGGGUAAAGUUCUUUUAAUCGGUGGUGGAAUUGCAAAUUUUACCAAUGUUGCAGCUACAUUUAAAGGUAUUGUACGCGCGUUAACCGAGUUCAAGGCAAAAUUACAAAUGCAUAAAAUACGCAUAUUUGUACGUCGUGCUGGUCCAAAUUAUCAAGAAGGUCUUCGUAUUAUGCGUGAAUUAGGUCAUACUAUUAAUGUACCAAUAUAUGUAUUUGGACCUGAAACGCAUAUGACUGCUAUUGUUUCAAUGGCUUUUGGUUUACGUGAAAUACCAUCGCCUAAGCUGAGUUGUGUCAAGGUAUCGUCUGAUGCAUUAUCCUUGAAUAAUAUCAAUAUGUAUAGUCAUCGUGAAUACGAGAAUAUAGACAGAUCAGCUGAUAUAGUGAAUCAUAAUUUGAAAAUAGCUAACAGUAAUAAUCAUCAUCAUCAGCAUAAUAACCAUGAGAAUAAUUCUGUUCAAUCGAUGUUAGACUUUGAUUAUGCCUCAGAACGAGUUAGUCCAAGUGUAGCUGGUCUUAUUUAUCCAUUCAGUGAUGAUCAUCAAGUGAAAUUCUAUUGGGGUGCAAAAGAAUUAUUUCUACCCGUGUAUAAGGAAAUGUUGAAUGCAAUGCAUAAACAUCCAGAGGCUCGUAUACUAGUCAAUUUUGCAUCAUUACGUGUUGCUUAUGAUGUCUGUAUGGAAGCGAUGAAUGUUGAUCGUAUUCUAACUCAUAUUGAUAAUAAUCAUUAUAAUCAUGAGAGUGAAACAUAUACCUAUGAAAUGAAUCAUCAUAUCAAUGGAGGGUUGAUAAAUGAAGCACAAAUGAAGUGUAUUGCUAUCAUUGCUGAGGGUAUACCGGAGAAUUUCACUCGUCGUUUAAUACAACGUUCUAAGCAAAGAAAGAUAUUGUUGAUUGGUCCAGCAACUGUUGGUGGAUUAAAAGCUGGAUGUUUCAAAAUUGGCAAUACAGGCGGAAUGAUGGAUAAUAUACUUGCUUCAAGACUUUAUAGACCAGGAAGUGUUGCCUAUGUAUCUCGUUCCGGUGGAAUGUCAAAUGAAUUGAAUAAUAUUAUUUCAAUAAAUUCUGAUGGUGUUUAUGAAGGUGUAGCUAUUGGUGGAGAUCGUUUUCCUGGAUCAACAUUUCUUGAUCAUAUUAUACGUUAUGAAAAUAAUCCUGAAGUUGGAAUGAUUGUUGUACUAGGUGAAGUUGGCGGUGUAGAAGAAUAUGCAAUAAUUGAAGCUGUUCAAUCAGGUAAAGUAAAAAAGCCAAUUGUAGCUUGGUGUAUUGGUUCUUGUGGUGAAUUAUUGACUACACAGAAUACUAAUGAUACCGGCGGUGGUUCAAUUCAAUUUGGUCAUGCUGGUGCAUGUGCAAAUUCACUUAGAGAAACUGCGACAGCUAAAAAUACUGCAUUGGCUAAUGCUGGUAUACAUGUUCCUGCAUCAUUCGAUGAAUUAGAUCUACUCAUACGUCGAGUUUUUGAUGAUCUUGUACGUAAUGGUCAGUUGAUACCAAAACCGGAUCAUUCACCUCGAACUGUUCCAAUGGAUUAUUCAUGGGCAAAAGAAUUAGGUCUUAUUCGUCGACCAGUUGCAUUCACUUCAACAAUAUGUGAUGAUCGUGGUGAAGAAUUAUUAUAUGCUGGAAUGCCUAUUAGUCAGGUGAUUGAAGAAGAUUUAGGCAUAGGCGGUGUUCUUGGCUUACUAUGGUUCAAAAGAAGACUGCCUGACUAUGCUCGAAAGUUUUUAGAACUUUGUCUUAUCAUUACAGCUGAUCAUGGUCCAGCAGUUUCUGGUGCACAUAAUACAAUUGUAACAACUCGUGCUGGUAAAGACUUAAUUUCUAGCCUAGUCUCUGGAUUAUUAACAAUUGGUGAUAGAUUCGGAGGUGCUUUGGACACUGCAGCACGUCAAUUUUCACGGGCGUAUGAUUCAGGUUUAUCACCUAUGCAAUUUGUUAAUCAAGAACGUCAGGCUUCACGCCUUAUCAUGGGCAUUGGACAUCGGAUAAAGUCAGUUACUAAUCCUGAUAAACGUGUUCAAUUACUAUCACGUUAUGUACAUGAGCAUUUCCCGGCGACACCGGUAGUUGAUUAUGCAUUUGAAGUGGAGAAGAUUACUACCUCUAAGCGUCCAAAUUUAAUUCUCAAUGUCGAUGGAAUGAUUGGUGUGGCGAUGGUAGAUUUGUUAAGAAACUGUGGUCAUUUCACAAGUGAAGAAUCUGAAGAAUACAUAAACAUUGGCACAUUGAAUGGUUUGUUUGUUUUAGGUCGAUCAAUUGGAUUUAUUGGUCAUUAUUUAGAUCAAAAACGUCUUCAUCAAGGUUUAUAUCGUCAUCCAUGGGAGGAUAUAUCUUAUUUAUUACCAGAAAAUCUUUAA